AUGGGAAGUACAAAAACCAAGGACAACAAAAAGAAGGCAAAGAAGGAUGCUAAAAAGAAGGCUGCUUUGGAGGCGGCCAAGGCUGCAGAAGAAGCCGCUCGAAAAGCUGCUGAACUAGCGGAACAGGCAAAGAAAAUGGAAGCUGAAAGUGAUUCCUCGUCGGACAGCAGCGACUCAAAUGACAGUGAUAGUGACUCUGACUCUGAAGAUGCAGCACCAUCAAAAAAAAAAAAAGGUACAGUCAAGGAGAAAAGUAAAGACUCGGACUCUGAUUCCGACGAUGAAGAGCUUCAGGAGAAGGGAAAAGUCUCAGAGACUAGCGGUUCGUCGGAUUCCUCCUCGUCAUCUAGCAACGACUCUUCUGAUUCCGAUUCUGAUUCCGAUGGAAAAGAGGUGAAGGACAAGAAAAUCUCUGAUGUUGCCAAGAAGAGUGACGAUUCCAGUAGUGACAGCGACAGCUCAUCAGACUCCGAUGUGGAGGAAUCGGCUGCAAAAGGCGACGAUCGAAAGAAAGUCAGUAGCAACGACUCUUCCUCGAGCAGCAGUGAUAGCGAUAGCAGUGACGACGAUUCUGACGCCACUCCUGACUCUGAUCUUCCAGAUGCAGAUGAGAAGAUCACAAAGAAGCGCAAAGAUAAAUAUGAAUCCUUUGAAGCGCCCCCAACAAAAAAGCAGGCAAUUGCCGAAGACACAGAUGGCAUCGAAAAGAUCUACGUUCGAGGGCUUCCCUGGAGAGCCACCAAAGAAGAAGUUGAAGAUUUCUUUAAGUCUUGUGGUGGGGGGACGAAGUCUGUAGAAUUGCCCCUUCAAGAUGAUGGUCGCAGCUCUGGAACUGCGAUUAUUGAGUUCCAUGAUAAGGCAUCUGCAGCAGCAGCGAUCGAACUCAACGGGGCUGACUUCAACGGUAGAUGGCUAUCAAUCAAGUAUUCGACUCCGAAACCCAUCAUGGCUCCUCGGGAACUGACUCAAAAGCUAGAGGGUUGCGUCACUGUGUUUAUUGGAAACUUGGCCUGGGAGGUAGAUGAAGAUGCCAUUCGAGAAUGCUUCAAGGAUUGCGGAACUAUCACCCAGAUUCGUUUUGCGACAGACCGCGAGACUGGCGAUUUCAAAGGAUUUGGUCACAUUGAGUUUGCUGAGACUGAAGCAACCGAUGCAGCAGUGAAGCUGGCAGGCACCGAUAUUUAUGGACGGGCAGUGCGUGUUGACUUUGCCAACGACCGCCAAGGGGAUCGUGCCGGCGGCGGUGGCCGUGGCGGAGGUCGAGGAGGGGACAGGUUUGGAGGUCGUGGUGGUGGCCGAGGAGGUAGAGGUGGUGGCAGAGGAGGUAGAGGUGGUGGCAGAGGAGGUAGAGGUGGUGGCAGAGGAGGAAGCUCUGGUGGAAGAGGAUACAUGUCAGCGAAGAAAUCAGGAGGUAUUGCCAGCUUUGCAGGAAAGAAAAUUACAUUUGACUAG